CCCGACUUCCUGUGAGUGGCGGAAGUUUUUAAUCGAGGAAUCUAAUCCUAAUAUUCAUGUGCUCAUUUCUGCUCAGCAACUGAAUUAUCUUCAUUAGCCAUGCUCUACAGCUUAAACUGACUACUGGACUUAAAAACUUUAUCUGUGAUCUCAAAGAGGCCUUGAAACAUCUGUUUGCAGAAUGCCACAUGAAAAAACCCGCAACAGCCCUCUUUCUGAUUCCUGUCAUUUAACUCUGGACCGGAGGAGAGCUCUGACUCUCUCACCUGGGAUCAGACGUGACAACUGUCAGACUGAAAGUCCCCUUAAGAUCACCAGGAGAGUUUCCGCAGCUGAGGAUGAGUGUGUAGAUACGGAGAUGUUUAAAGAUCUGAAAAAGAGCCACUCCAAGAUCCACUGGACACAGCUGGCCUCAAAUGGUACAUCCUCCCAGUCAGAUCCCAAAUCACUAAAAAACAGCAUUAAAGAACAUACAGUAUGGCAGGAAAUCCAAAGGCGUCAGGUUAAAGUUGUCUUAGAAGAUGUUCUUCAGACAGAGCUCGGACAGAGACUAAAAUGUAGUGGGCAGACUUGCAAAAAGACAGACCAAUCAGAGAGCAAAAGACGGAGUGAUCACACCUCAACAGCCACACUGAAAGAAAAGAGGAGAUCCAGUUUAACAAAAAGAGGAGGAACAGACUCUACUAAACCAAAUGCCACUUCACCAUCACCUAAUCCGACUGAGUCAUCCACUGAAAAUGAAUCAUGUCUACACAAGGACAUCAAAAAUCUGCAAUCCAAACAACUGAACUCAUCACUGAAACUCCCAGAUUCAUCUCAAGUAUCAAGUAAAUCUUGUUCACCCAGAGAAAGCGACUCGCCACAGGCUGUUCAGAUUAGUGAACUGUUUGCUAAACCGAACAAACCAUUUACUUUUAAAGAGAAUGAAGCAUCACUUCUUGAAGGAUCUCCACAGCAUGAGGAUGUGCUUUCCUCUGAAUUUGAAAUUGUAUGCAGUCCCUCGUCACCAUUAGAAAUGCAGGGUAGCCUGAGAGAAGAAAUAUCAGAUAGUGAGCAUCUACCCAAUAAGCAAGAAAUGAGAGAAACACAAGAGCCCCCAAAGGAUUCUGCAGGAGAUGAGGAAAAUCACUUGCGCAAGAAUGGAGAUGUGGUGCAGGAAGUGGAAGGGAUGAGAGGAAGUGUGUUACGCCUCUUGGUCGGGGCUGAGGGGCAAAUCCCAGUCAAAAGAUGUCGUAUGGAUAGCUUCUCAGGUGAACAGGGUCCCAACUCAGACCCCGCCUCUGGGAGUACAGAGGGGCGGAGCUUCAUCAUAGAAUCCUUUAAGCUCGACCCAUCUGAACCUAUUGUUCUCUCCAGUGAAGAGGAUGAGGAGGAAGAGGAAAGAGAAGAGGAGGAAGCCUCUGCUUUAAACACCCAACCCCCGGAGUGUGCAAAAUUCAUGAAUAAAGUAGAUGAAUCAGCAAUAGUUUAUGAGCAGAAAAACACACCUGAGUGUAACUUACAAACCACAGAGAUGGAUGCCCAGAGUUUUGCUGUGAUGGAGCUACAGCUGUCUUCCCUUCACAUGGGUGGAGUUAAUGUCACAUCCAGUGAGAGUAUGAUGAUUACUACAGACAAGAUCACCGUUUCGUUGAAAGAUUCUUCAGUGAAAAUUUCUAUAUCAACCGCUAGUGUGUGCAAAUACAGUGUGUGGGAGGGGCCUACAUUGAGGGGGUGUGGCCUGGUUAAGGAUGAUGAGGUCCCACCCCCUUCUCUGCUCCUCUUUUGGCUGUCUGAUGCUCAGGCACACCAACUACACAAUGACCUGUCUGUCAUCGAGUCAGGCACACGUCCAGCUGAAGGCAGUACAUGUGUGUUGCUGUGUUUGGCUGAACCUCUUACUGGUAUUGUGAGUGCGCUCUUGGCCUCUUUAAUGGACUUGGUGGGUUUGAAGCAGAACGGCUCGGAACUCUUGUCCCCCCUCACACAGCCGGACAGCCUGAAACUGCUGCAGAGCUCCCAGGAAACCCUCCUGCUCCAGCUGCUGACGCCCAAAAUUGAUGCGCAAACCAGCACUGCACAUGCAGCUGUAUCUGCUGUGAAGUGUCAGGAUUCUGAUGUUCAGUUGGAGCCAGUCUACACUCUGUGCCAUAGAAAAGCUCAGGGUUCAUACAGUGUUUCCUUGGCACCUACAAUUGGGGCAGAAUGGACACCGUACCGACACUCUGUCCCGGCACGCAGAUUGAUUCUGUUCCCUCCUCCACCCUCAAAAGGAGCCAUUACCGUGACGACAGAGGACCUGGAAUGUUUAGACAGCGGCGAGUUUCUUAAUGAUGUCAUCAUCGACUUCUACCUCAAGUAUCUUAUGGUGCAAAAGGCCCCGCGGGCAUCUGUACACAGAUCUCAUGUUUUCAGCAGUUUUUUCUAUAAGCAGCUCACACGCAGAGACAAUGCUAAUGAGGACAGUACAAGCACACCAGCUCAGGUCAGAAGGCAUCAGCGUGUGAGGACAUGGACCCGUCAUGUAGACAUCUUUGACAAAGACUUCCUGUUUGUGCCUGUAAAUCAAGAAGCUCACUGGUACCUCGUGGUGAUUUGUUUCCCCGGCUUAGAAGAGCCGCAGUAUGUGAAGAGGGAUGGAAGUGAAGGUUUGGGUGAGUCUGAGGGUGAGAUACAUGGAGAGAAUAGAUCCAACAGUGAUGAGGACAAAACUACAGAUGACAGUCGUAUAAAGUCAAGCACGUCUCAUCCUCUCAACUGUACAGAAAAUACCUGCAAAAGACACACCGUGUGUAAAAGACCAUGUAUUCUCAUAAUGGAUUCCCUGAAGUUGUCGGUUCAUGAACGUAUCUUCAAACUCUUGCGCGAAUACCUUCAGGUGGAGUGGAUGGCAAAGAGAGGUUGUUAUCGUGACUUUAGUGUUGACCACAUGGUAGGUUCCCACUGUAAGGUCCCCCUACAGGACAACAGCAGUGAUUGUGGCCUUUACCUGCUACAAUAUGCUGAAAGCUUUUUACAGGACCCUGUGUUACACUUUGACUUCCCACUGAGAUUGGAUCGCUGGUUUCCACGGCAACAGGUGCGAGGGAAACGGGAGGAGAUUCGAGACCUCAUCCUAAACUUAUACAGAUUUCAGAAAGGCUCUUUGGGAAAUGAAGCUCUAGAAGAUAGAACAGAUUAUAGAAAUGUCAUUCAGUGAUGUAAAGCUUUUAGGUUCACGUGAUUAUUUUACCCUAGAUGUAUAUAUAUUU